UAAAGUAUGUCAUACUUAUGAUUGACUCGUCGAUAAUUAUUAGUUAAGUGUCUCAAAGAGAAGGAGAAUGCCGUACCAUUGGCAGAGCCACAAUGUCAAGACCAGUGGUGUCGACGACAUGGUGCUCCUCCAGAAAAUUUCGGAGUCAGCCAUUCUGGACAACCUCAAGAAGCGCUUCAUGGAAGAUUGCAUAUAUACCUACAUUGGUCCAGUGUUAGUGUCUGUUAAUCCCUUCAAACAGCUCAAGAUCUUUACUGAUCGGGAAGUGGAGCAGUAUCAAGGAGCGGCCCAGUAUGAAAAUCCACCCCAUGUGUAUGCACUGGCUGACAAUAUGUACAGAAACAUGUUGAUUGACAUGGAGAACCAGUGUGUCAUCAUCAGUGGAGAGAGUGGUGCUGGAAAGACAGUAGCUGCUAAAUUUAUCAUGGGCUUCAUAGCAAAAGUAUCUGGAGGGGGAGAUAAAGUAAAGAGAGUCAAAGAUGUUAUCCUUGAAUCAAACCCAUUGUUAGAAGCUUUUGGGAAUGCCAAGACAGUUCGCAACAAUAACUCCAGUCGAUUUGGAAAAUAUGUAGAAAUCCAGUUCAGUAGAGGAGGAGAGCCAGAUGGUGGUAAAAUAUCUAACUUCCUACUUGAGAAGUCCCGUGUCGUAAAUCAAAACAACAGUGAGAGAAACUUCCAUAUAUUUUACCAGUUAUGUGCUGGAACUGAUGCAGCUCAGAAAGAGAGUCUUGGUAUCACCACACCAGAUUAUUACAUGUACCUUAAUCAAAGUGGUACCUACACAGUGGAUGGUACUGAUGAUGUCGCCGAGUAUAAGGAUACUAUGCAUGCCAUGCACACAGUAGGGGUGUCAGAUGAGACUAUUGAGGAUGUGAUUUGUGUAGUGGCAGGGAUUCUUCACUUAGGAAACAUUUCCUUCCAGGAGGAUGGAAACUAUGCUAAAGUGGCCAAUGAGGAUUUUCUUGAAUACCCAUCUUACCUUCUUGGCGUGAACAAGGAGUACCUGAGGACAAAACUAACCAGUCGAGACAUGGACAGUAAAUGGGGAGGGAAAUCAGAGGUCAUUCAUGUAACAUUGAAUGUGGAGCAGGCAGAGUUCUCACGUGAUGCCCUAGCCAAGGCUCUGUACAGUCGUAUGUUUGACUACUUAGUGGAGGCAGUGAAUCGUGCUAUGAGGAAAGAUAAAGAAGAAAUCAACAUUGGAAUCCUUGACAUAUACGGGUUUGAAAUUUUCGAGAAGAAUGGAUUUGAGCAGUUCUGUAUUAAUUAUGUCAAUGAAAAACUCCAGCAGAUUUUUAUAGAGCUCACCUUAAAGGCUGAACAGGAGGAAUAUGUACAAGAAGGAAUCAAAUGGACACCUAUUGAAUAUUUCAACAACAAGGUCGUCUGUGACGUCAUAGAGACUAAACAGCCUCCCGGCAUCAUGUGUAUCCUCGAUGAUGUGUGUGCCACAAUGCAUGCAGUGUCAGAGGGAGCGGACAAUACACUUUUACAGAAACUGGGAUCUGGCAUUGGGUCACACGACCACUAUCAGGGUAGCGGAAUGGGCUUCAUCAUUCAUCACUAUGCUGGCAAGGUGACAUACGACGUGGAUGGUUUCUGUGAAAGGAACAGGGAUGUUUUAUUCAAAGAUCUCGUGCAACUGAUGCAGUCAAGUAGCAAUGACUAUAUCAGAAGUCUAUUCCCGGAGGAUGUUAGUAAACAAACCAAAGGUCGCCCAAGUACAGCCAGCUCUAAGAUAAAGUCUCAAGCCAACAAGCUGGUAGAUACCUUAAUGAAAUGCACUCCUCAUUAUAUCCGGUGCAUCAAACCAAAUGAAACAAAAAAACCCAGAGACUUUGAGGACAGCAGAGUAAAGCAUCAAGUCGAGUACCUGGGACUAAAGGAGAAUAUACGAGUACGACGGGCUGGAUUUGCAUACAGGAGGGAAUUUUCAAAGUUUUUACGAAGGUAUGCCAUUUUGACAUCAGAAACCUGGCCAACGUGGCGAGGUGACCCCAGACAAGGAAUCAAGCAUCUCAUGGACACAGUCAACAUGGACAAGGACCAAUGGCAGCUUGGCAAAUCCAAAGUCUUCGUCAAAAAUCCAGAAUCUCUAUUUUUAUUGGAAGAAAUGAGAGAGCGGAAGUUUGAUCACUAUGCCAGGAAGAUACAGAAAGCAUAUCGUCGCUAUCAUGCCCGCAAAACCUACUUCAAGCUGCGAGAGGAGGCUUCAGACAUCUUGUUCCAGAAGAAGGAGAGACGUCGCUUCAGUUUGAACAGAAACUUUGUUGGGGACUAUCUAGGUCUCGAUGAUCAUCCUGGAAUCAGGGCGUUAUUAGGGAAGCGAGAACGGGUGGAAUUUGCAGAUACAGUGCUUAAAUUUGACAGGCGUUUCAAGAUUGCAAAGCGAGACCUUAUCCUCACAGCUAAAAAUGUGUACCUAGUCGGAAGGGAAGUGAUAAAGAAGGGUCCUGAGAAGGGAACAAUGGUGGAAGUAAUAAAAAGAAGUAUACCAAUAGAAAAUGUAACUCAAGUUUGUAUGAGUACCCUACAAGAUGACUUGUUCGUCCUACAUAUACAGGACGACUAUGCUAGUUUACUGGAAUCAGUUUUCAAGACAGAAUUCCUCUCUACAUUGUCUAAACGCUUCAAAGACAAAACUGGCAGGGAGCUGCGCACACAGUUCAGUGACACGUUAGAAUUUCCAAUAAAGAAGGAAGGCUGGGGAGGAGGUGGUACAAGAUGCCUCAAGUUUAGUAAGCUAGGACAGCCUCAGGACGUAGCUGUGAUGAAGCCAUCAAGCAAAGUGUUAAAUGUCAGUAUAGGACCAGGACUUCCUAAGGAUUCUCGGCCAGGGAAAAAGAAGAUGCAUGUUAGUAAUGGUACCCUGAGGAGGAAAAAUCCACCCAGCAGAUCUGCUCCCUCAGCACCCCCUCCAUCACGAGGGGCUCCACCACCUCCCACAUCCAACCCUCCUAGUCUCAGUAACCGUCGAUCUCGUCGCCUCAGUGACAAAACACCGUCAUUACCUCGAGAUGGUGCUCAGAAGAAGGCUAAGAAGAUAAAUGAGGCUCUGAUGAACAAUAACAAUAAUUUCAUGGCAACACCAGAUGCUGGUUACUCAGGUCUACAGCGUAUUGACGAAGAACGAAUGAGAGAUGUACAAAGGAACAGAUCUAGUACCAAAAAGCCCAGUCCUGGCGGGGGACGUCCUAAACCCCCAGCUGCACCCAAACCGAAGCCUGCUUUCCCUCAGUGUCGAUGUCUGUAUGCCUACGAUGCCCAGGAUGUUGAUGAACUAAGCUUCAAUGAAGGAGAUGUCAUAGAAAUAGUUAAAGAAGAGGCAACCGGCUGGUGGACAGGGAAGCUGCGAGGAAAACAGGGCCUGUUUCCAGCCAACUAUGUGGAAAAGCUGUGAUAGGCUGCAGAGCUCUGAUCUCCAGGACAUUCCUAUAGAAACUAUGCAACAUUUGUUACAAAGUGCUGACCCAUGAUAGGGUUUGUUGGUAUGAUAAAGAGAGAGUUAUACUAUAGCUUACUAUGAGGGCCAACAGUUCUGUGAUAGAACAAGGGACUGUAAUGUGGAAAUAGGGCGCCAGAUGGCCGGUCGUAUCAAAUGAUAGCACUAUACCUCAUAGGGUCGGUGAAGUCACAGUCACUGUAAUACUGAGUCAACAGUAUUCUGUACUUGGUGUGUUUGUCUCCAUACAUUUUCUAUGGAUCAUGAAGAGAUAUACAUUUAUCAUCAUACAUAUACUGACCAUUGUUACUGUGGGGUAGGAAAGGCUUAUAAAGUCCAUCUUUUGCCUAUAUGAUGUAUAGAUAUUGUAUCAGAUUUUGUAUUCCUUAUACUGCCAUUAUCUUAUCCAGAUCAGGUAUAAUACAAGAGUUAGGCGAUUUGUCAGACAAGAAAAGACAAAAAUGUGCACAAGUGAAAAAACCAGAAAUCAAAUUGAAAAAUUUGUUGAACUUUCAAUACAAAAUUAAUAUUUCUGCAGUGUCUAUUUGAGAUAUUGUCUAUAAUAGGUAGUUAUGCCUUGUAAAGUACAUGCCCAGGUACAAAAUGAGAGGACAUAUAAAGUUAGACUGCUAAGUACAAUGGAUAAAUCUAUAUAAAGCUCCUACCUUAUGUAACAUGUAGGUAAAUGAAGCCAGCUAGAAUUAACCACUAUAAGUUUAGGUACAGUCAUAGUAUUUUACAUGUGAGAGUGAUUGUGAUGUAUUUGACUUUAACAUUUGUUUUAAUUCAGCAUAUUCACCUUAUGCACUCGCUUUGUCUGUGCUUGUUAUUUGAUGCCUUAUGUACUUCACAUGUUGUAUGUACUGCCUCCAGGGAAAGUGUGGAUGUUUUCACAGAAGGUGUGGUUGUCAUGGCAUCUCUGUAACCAUAGAUGUGGAUGUUGUCAUGGUAUUGCUGUAACCCUAGCAGGUGUGCACAUUGUCAUGGCAUCUCUGUAACCAUAGACGUGGAUGUUGUCAUGGUAUUGCUAUAACCAUAGCAGGUGUGGACAUUGUCAUAGCAUCUCUGUAACCAUAGAAGCUGUGACUGUUGUCAUUCCAUUGCUGUGAUCAUAGUAAUAGUUGUGGCUGUUAUCAUGGCAUCACUGUAACCAUAGAAGGUGAAGAUAUUGCCAUGGCAUUUCUGUAACCAUAAUUGCCAUGGUAUCACUAUAACCAUAAUUGCCAUGGCAUCACUGUAACCAUAGAAGGUGAAGAUAUUGCCAUGGCAUUUCUGUAACCAUAAUUGCCAUGGCAUCACUAUAACUAUAAUUGCCAUGGCAUCACUGUAACCAUAGAAGGUGAGGAUAUUGUCAUGACAUUUCUGUAACCAUAAUUGCCAUGGCCUCAAUAUAACCAUAAUUGCCAUGGCAUCACUGUAACCAUAGAAGGUGUAGCUGUAGUUGCACAAUUGGAAAUCAAAUUUAAAAUUAUAUAAUACUUGUGUUAGAUUCUGGUAAGAUCCAGCUAGUGUAUUUAAAGUUUUAAUACUGAACUGAGAGAGAUCCUCAGAAAUGUCCUGUACAAAAUAGUCAUAAGUAAUUGAAAUUUAGCGCGACAGUUAGCAAAACACUUAUGUAGAUUUGAGGAGAAAAUUUGAUAUUUUUCUGUCUAUGCAGUGAUUAGUAUGAUGUCCAGAAAAGUUCCCAUAUCUAUUUUCAAUAUACAAUACAGAUUUGUAUUUUCUGAACAAAGCAAAUGAUUAUCAUUUAUAUUUCCAUCAUCACAUUAAGAUAUCAUAUGUUUUUGAAGAAUAUAUGUUACAAUUUUUUCAAUUUCCUGUCAGAUUUGAAGAAAUGUAUAGAAGUCCUGAAGAAGUCUGUUGAUUACAUUUACAUGCCGUCCUCUGUAUGUUUCUAUGGUUAUAUUCCACACAUAUAAAACACAUAGUGUGCCUUAGUUUGAAGUAAAAUUCAUAUCAUAUGAAUAUUGAAUAUCAUCAAUUUUACUACACUACAGCACAUUGUACUAGAUAACACAAUUAUUAUAGAAGAUAGUACCAUUAUCCUGUGUUACUACAUAUAUAUACCAAGUAAUUUGUAUCACAAUAAAUGUAUUUUAUCAAUUGUCAGCAAUCAUAUGAUAUAGUGCUGUAAUAUUGAAAAUAUCUUAAACAUAUACAAGUACAACAUUUUUAAUUUUUUAUCAAAACUCGGUAAAAAUUACUGCCCAAAAUAGACAAUUACUGUAAAAGUCAACAAACUACCACUGAUAUCGGUUAACAUGUUCAUCAUUCUAACAAGUUACAGCAUAUCAGCUAA